CAGUGCAUGGGGGCUCACAGUCACUUGCACUGUUUGCAGUUCCACUCAAUGCCUCACCUAUUGAGCUGUGUCUUCAUUCAAACACGAUCCUUCUGAACUCUGAACCUUUCACAAUCACGAUCACAAUGCCUCUUUCCGAAACUCUCUUUCCUCUCUUCUUCUUGUGCUUCACUCUCUCCACCGUCCUUUCCUAUCAGUCUUUUCCGGCUACCUCCAAACUGCUCCUCUCCUCCGACGCCGUUUCGUUGCUCUCUUUCAAGUCCAAAGCCGACCUCGACAACAAGCUACUCUAUGUCCUUCACGAGCGCUUCGAUUACUGUCAAUGGCAGGGCGUGAAGUGCGCACAGGGCCGAGUGGUUCGCUUCUUCCUUCAGGGCUCUGGUCUUCGGGGCGUCUUCGCUUUCGACACCCUCUCUCGCCUCGACCAGCUUCGAGUCCUCUGCCUCCGCAAUAACUCCCUCUUCGGUCCCAUCCCCGAUCUCUCCCCCCUCUUCAACCUGAAGGGGCUGCUUCUUGACCAUAAUUUCUUCUCAGGUUCGUUACCUCCCUCGUUUCUUUUGCUUCAUCGCCUUCGUACUCUUUCUCUAUCUCAUAACAACCUCACCGGUUCAGUCCCUGUCGAGUUAGUUAAUUUGGACCAUUUAGUAACCCUCCGCCUUGAGUCGAACGGUUUUAAUGGAACCAUUCCGCCGUUGAACCAGUCCUCCCUCCUUAUCUUCAAUGUCUCCGGCAAUAACCUCACAGGGCCGAUUCCGGCAACUCUCACUCUUGCUCGAUUCCACACGGCGUCGUUUUCGGGGAAUCCGGGUCUAUGUGGGGACAUUAUUUCCAAAGCAUGUGAUCAUCCUAGGCCUCGAACCUUUGGUUCUUCCAAUGCCUCUGUCUCAUUGGGCCAAAGCGCUGAAUCACAGGGCAACAUCGUCGUUUCUUCGGUGACUAGCAAGAAGCACAAGAGUAACAGCCUGAUUCUUGGGUCCACUAUUGGUGCCUCGAUUCUGAUUGCGUCUUUUCUAGGGCUUAUCGCGGUGGUCAGGAGACGGAGUGUUUCGAGUAAUUUGGAAAGCCCAAAAAUGGCGGCAAUGGACGUUAUGGAUGCGCCUCCGGGGAAGAAAAUGGAGGUAAUCGAUGGAGCUGAUCAUCAUAAUAGAGAGAAAUUGGUGUUCUGUUGUGGAGAGGCGCAACUGUAUACACUGGAGCAGUUGAUGAGGGGGUCGGCCGAGUUGCUGGGAAGGGGUAGCAUUGGGACUACGUACAAAGCAGUCGUGGAUGGGAGGUUCACUUUGACAGUAAAGAGGCUAGAUGCUGGUAAGAGUGCAAGAACAAGUGGGCAAGUAUUUGAGAGGCACAUGGAAAUGGUGGGUCAGCUUCGGCAUCCAAAUUUAGUACCGGUUAGAGCUUAUUUUCAGGCUGAGACAGAGAGGCUGGUGAUCUGUGAUUAUCAGUCUAAUGGCAGCCUCUUCAGCCUCAUUCAUGGUUCAAGAUCAGCAAGAGCAAAGCCUCUUCACUGGACAUCGUGCUUAAAAAUAGCUGAAGACAUAGCUCAUGGACUCGCCUACAUACACCAAACAUCAAGAUUAAUCCACGGCAACCUAAAGUCCUCCAAUGUCCUUCUUGGAGUGGAUUUUGAAGCUUGUGUUACAGACUAUUGUUUGUCCCUUCUCGCGGACUCUUCAUCCGGUGAUGAUCCUGAUUCUGCUGCCUAUAAAGCACCUGAAACUCGCAACACUAAUCGCCCACCUACUUCUAAAUCUGAUGUCUAUACAUUUGGGGUGCUUCUACUGGAGCUUCUAACUUCUAAAUACCCUUCUCAGCAUCCCUUCCUUGUGCCCAUGGAUUUGCAGGAUUGGGUUAGAGCAAUGAGGAACGACUAUGGUGCUGAAGAUAAACAGCUGGGAAUGCUCACAGAGGUCGCAAGUAUUUGCACUGUUAUAUCACCUGAGCAGAGACCAGCAAUGUGGCAAGUCUUGAAGAUGAUACAGGAAAUAAAGAAGAGUGUCACACUCGAAGGUCAUAUAUCUGCUGGGUUUUCAUAGCUUCUAUAUUACAGAAAGCAUGGAAAAUCAUAAAGGCCAAUAGCUUUUACCUAUGAUUACAACUCAAAAAAAGAAAAUUUGAGGAAAUAUUUCCGCAUCUGUAUGCAACCGGCUUCCCUGCUCUUAAUGACUACGCUUUGACAAGUUUUGAAAGAAACUAAAAAUUUUAUUUUAUUUUGCCUU